UUAGGGGAGACCGGGUAUGGUUGUCUCACGGGUUGGUUGUCACAGCGGCCAUAACACAAAAACGAACGAACGAAUGAGUCUAUUGAAUGACGUCACAAAAGCGCAACAGCAAUACCUCGCUCCCCACCUCAAGUCAGUGGCCUCCGUAAUGCCGUGACGACAAUACGUACGUUUGUUUUUUUCGCACAGUGAAAGUAAAUUUUUGUGCCACUGCAUCGAACCUCUACCAGUUCCAAUAUGCCAAGGGUUCACAAGAGGAAGACUACUCGAGGAUUAGUUCCACCAGGAUUGAUGCUGCGUGCUGCCAGAGAAGUAAAAUCGUAUAACAAAUCCAUACGGUCUGUUGCGAAGGAUUUUGGAAUUAAUUAUCGCACAUUAACGAGGUAUUGUAAAAAGUUUACUGCCGAAGAGAUUAGUAACAUGUCCGUAUCAACACCUUCUACAAGAACAGGCUAUCAAAAGAAUCGUCAGGUCUUUAACGAUGAACAAGAAGCAGAGUUGGAAAACUACUUACUUUUGGCUUCAAGCGUUUAUUUUGGACUGUCACCAAAAGAAGUUCGGAAAAUAGCGUUUCAGCUUGCUGUGUCUAAUAAAUUGGAGGUGCCAAAGUCUUGGGAAUCAAACCAGUUAGCUGGCGCUGACUGGUUUACAUCAUUUUUGAAGCGACACCCAACUUUGUCUAUUAGAACACCUGAAGCUACCAGUCUAGCUCGUGCUACAAGCUUUAAUCCCCAUAAUGUCCAAAAUUUUUUCGAUAACCUGGAAUCAGUAAUUAAACGAAAUAAUAUUCAGCCUCAUGACAUAUGGAACAUGGAUGAAACUGGGGUAACUACUGUCCAAAAACCAAACAAAGUUGUUGCUAAAAAGGGUUUCAAACAAGUCGGUGCUAUAACCUCAGCAGAAAGAGGCACACUAGUAACCUUAGCUGCUGCUGUUUCAGCAGUUGGUAAUUCAGUUCCACCAUACUUUGUUUUUCCGAGGGUUCACUUCAAAGAACAUUUUAUACGAGAUGGACCAAUUGGCUGUAAAGGAGGCAGUAAUCCAUCUGGUUGGAUGACGGAAGAAUUAUUUGUUGAUUUCCUGAAGCAUUUUCAUAAUCACGUAAAAUCAACCAAGGAGAAACCAUGUCUCUUGCUGUUAGACAAUCAUAACUCCCACCUUUCCAUUGAAGGACUAAACUUUGCAAAGGAAAAUGGCAUUGUGAUGUUAUCUUUUCCACCUCACUGCACACACCGCCUACAACCCUUGGACAGGUCAGUUUACGGUCCGUUGAAGAAGUAUAUUAACAACGCUAUGGAUCAAUGGAUGAUUAAUCACCCUGGACAGCAUAUGACGAUUUAUGAAAUUCCAGGCAUAAUUGCACAGGCUUUUCCAUUGGCAGCAACUCCAUCCAAUAUUGUCGCAGGAUAUAAAACCUGCGGGAUUUGUCCAUUCAAUAGAGACAUAUUUCAAGAGCAUGAUUAUAUGCCAUCUUCUGUCACGGAUAGACCAUUAAUUACGGUUCAAGAUAAUGAGAUUGUUCCCAAUGUCAUCGACAAUUCAUCACAUAAUUGUCCUACUGAAGACAACAACACUAGCCCUAACGAACCUGUUGCAAGUCCAUCUAUUCUUGAUAACCCUGCAUUGCCAGAAGAUAAUAAUGACUUUGUUGAUCGUGCAAUGACGCCAGAAGCAACACGUCAGAGUCAAGUUUUAGAGGAGUCCACGGCGAUACCUGGUCCAAGUGGUGUAAGAACUUUUCUGACUGUAUCACCCCAAAUUUUGAAACCACUACCAAAAGCACCUCCACGCAAAUUGCAACGAGCUGAUAAAAGAAAAUGUAAAUCAGCAAUCCUAACAGAUACACCGGAAAAGACAUAUUUAGAAGAGAAAAAAAAGGAACAAGAUGCGAAGAAAAAAAAAGUAUCGAAAAGAGUUUUGAGUGAGAAAAAUGAAAAGAAAAGAGUUAACGCAAAGGUACCGGUUACCGACCGGCCUCCUCUAUCCGACCAUUUUAGUUUAUUUACGCUAAUUUGUGUAUUUAUCGCGCGAAAGUCUUGAAAUACGCCUUAUUCAAUACAUUAAUUCAUCAUUCACCUUCAGUCAAAACUUGGGUUUGUGGGGUUAACGCACAUUCCGACUGUCCUGCGAAAUAUAAAAAAGGUGCAGUUUGCGUAAAUUUUCAUGCGAAAAAAACAUAAAUCAGUGAAAUAAAAGAUCUCGAUUUUGACGAUGAUCACUCGGGUAAACUAAGAAUGUAUUUACUUUAUGUGAUUUAUUGGUUCAUUGAGUCCUUAUAAUUUCAAUAUGCAUACAGAAAUUCCAUGUUUUUAUAGAUUUAUCGAUAAAUUAAUGUUGGACGGAAUAAGGAGCCCUACAAAAUGACGACGUACCGAAUACCGACCAAAUUGGUCGGUAAACGGAAUUUUAAGGUUUAUGAAUGACACUAAUUUUCUGUAACGUAGGUUGUUUUAGGAGUGUUUUGUGAUUAGUUUCUUAUUCUUAAAGCUAUCCUUAGAUAUUAGACCGGUAUCCGACCUAUGCUAACUAUAAUGGAUUCUUUGUUGUAAUUUACGUUUCAAAUUGACAUAUUUCCGAUAUAUUUACGAUUCCUUCACAAAGACUUGCUAGAAGUAAACCUUUAUAUUUUAUGUUUAUUUCGAAGAAUUUCAUGAAUACGAUAUUGUUACAACUUAAUAAGUAAUAGUAGAGUAGAAAGUAACUAAAAAAAUGGUAUAAAUUUCAGUUAAGACGUUUUAUUAUACAAAUACAGGUUUGGUCGUAGUCUGGAUACGAUUUGUUUCCCUGUCCCUUGUUCCGACUAACUAAGGAAAUAUAGGUUUUGGUGUUUUUUUUAAAUUACAUGAUAAGCACAUCAUCAGUAAGUCAUCGGGAUGAACGACAAAAACGUUAGUAAUAGGUAUAGUACUUGUACGUAAUACCUACGACACAUAAUGUUCCGAAAAUAACUACGGAGGUUUAUUGUACCUACAACCUACAAGUAGUAAAGUAAAUAAAAUAAGUACCUACCAUAUGUACGAUACAUAGUAUGUAAUGUAUAGGUAGAUACAUAGAAAAGAUUAGUCACGAAUUUACCUAAUUACGUAUCUUAACAAUAGGUAUCUACCUAUAGGUACUUAAAGACCAUUCGCAUUUAACCAAUACGAACAAUUUCUUUAUUAGGCAUAAUAAAUUAAGAUCGACAUGAUGUAGGUAAAUCUUAUGCUGAAAUACUAGGAAACUUAAUUAAAAAAUAAAUAACUACCUACACGGUAGGUUGAAAAGUAGACGUCACAUUGUAUGUUCUCUGCUUACAUCUCCGAGUGUUAAAAAACGUAAUGUUAUGUUAAAUUUUAAAAUUCAUUAUCGUAAUUUCAGUAUCGAAUCCAAAAACAAUGCGUGAAUAGUUUUAGAAAGAUAGUUGUUUUACGAAUUUCUACUCUACUGCUAAGAUAUAGAGUUGAUUUUACAAUGUGCGUUCGGGUCGGACGGAUUCAGGUUCCUGAGGAGUCGGUAUCACGGACAUCUGUCGGCAGUCGGUCGGUAUACGGGGACUUUAGUAUUUUUCCAAGCGUAAGAGUUUAAAUCGAAAUAUAGGUACAAAAUAGUCGUAAAAGGGCAAAAUUAUGAACAUAUUUCUAAUUCAUAGUUAAUAUACUUUCGGAAAAGCAUUUUUUAUUAUACGAUCUUGAAUAUUUUGUUUAUCUUUUGGAGGAUUUUGUUCGCCCGCGCCGAUCACCGGUCGGUAUUCGGUGCAUUUGCGUUACUAAAGGGAAUAAGAAAAGGAGGAAAUCUGUUGACAGUCAAGAGAGUGAAAUUGAGAAUGAAUAUUUCUGUUUAGUGUGUCUGUCGCCAUACUCAGCUAGCAGGUCUAGAGAAGUAUGGGUCCAAUGUCAGGAUUGCAAGCUUUGGGCCCAUGAAGAAUGCACGCCUGGACUACCAAAUUACAUUUGUCAAAAUUGUGACUCUGAAUAUUCAGACUGAUAUGAAUACUGAUCAUAACUUCAUUAGGUUAAGGAUAUUUGAUAAAAACAUAUUUUGUAAGUCACUGACUGAUUAAAAAAACGUCCCAAAUAUUUGCUUAUAAAUAGGUAACUAUACUAUUAUUUUAUAUUUUGUUAUUUUUUGUUUUCUUAGAGAGGUCUAAUAACAAUAAGUGUUAAGUAUAUUUAAAAAUAUUAUAUUUGCUUAAAGCAAGUUUAAGUUCCUCUUGUUUGGUAAAUUAUGACUCUGAAUACCUAUUCAGAGUAAUAUGCAGAAUAACAGUUUGGUCUAAUGACUGAUUAGUAGCUACAUAAGAGAUAAAUGACUGAUUAUGAUAAUAAAACGUACAAAUAAUAAUGACCUGAGGCCAAAGUGACUAGGUUAAAACUUACAAUAAUGAUUGUUUUUAUGUUAAGCUUUUAAUUUCAAAGAAAAAAACCUGUUGAGUGCAAUUAUACGUAUGUUAAAGAUUACUGCCUGUAUUUGUUAUUAAAAUAAAUACUUUUUUGAUUCAAAUAAGUGUCUUUUUUCUCAUAAACUCUAUGUAAUUUUAUUUGUGACUUCUUACCCCAUAUACUGUGACAACCAUCCCAGACUCGGGGUUAAAAGUCACACUUCUCUCUUUCAGAAAAAUGUUGUUUUUUUGCUUAACAGAUAAUAAUAUACAAAGAGACUUUACUUUUUUAUACAUUACUAUAGUUACUUUAUUAAUUGGUCAACAAUCGUCAUUUGCAAAUGGUAAACUUUUGUAGUAAAAUGAAUAUUUUUAAAAAUGUGACUUCCAACCCCGGUCUCCCCUACUCACGAAUAAGAUUGAUUUAAGAUAACUGAUAAAUGUGAAAUAAAAUGCAUUGAGUCUUAAAGCCUUCUUAUUUGUGUAUUUUUUUUUUUAUUAUAAUAACAAUGUUUAAAACCGCGUUUCCCAAAAGUAGUCAUUUUUAGUUGUGAAGUCCUUCUUGUGAAUGAGCGAUAUAUCCUCAUUUAUAUACUGUUGUCCUAAGUAGGCUUUGCAUCCAAGCCACGUCUGUUUCGUGUGAAAGGGUAUUUUCAAGUGCUGGGCAAGUUGUUAGUGAUAGAAGAAGACUGUUGAAGCCGUCAAAAAUCACCCAAAUGCUUUUUUUUACAUCAUAAUAUGUAAAUAAAAAGAGUAAAAAAAAAGAAAACAAAAAAACCCAAAAAAAAAAAACAAUAAAAAAGCAAAACAAAUUUAUAAUGAUAGAUGUAAAUGUUUAUAAAUAUUAAGUACAUUGAUACAUGAUUUUUAAAUACGCCAUUCUAAUCUUUUUGACCGUACCCGUAUUCCUUAUAUUGCCUUGGUAUUGUACAGAAUUUAGAAUACCAGAUUAUAUAGAUUGUCGGUAGCAAAUAAUAAUGUACCUAACUUUCAAGCUGACUAGAAUGACAGUCCUAAGCCUGUUUAAGUAUGAAGGUAAAUCAAUUAUGUAAACCGGAAAAGUGUGUGUGUGUGUGUAAAAUAUUUGUCGGACUAUCAACCUGUAAAAUUUAAUUUCAACCAACUAUAGCAAAAUAUAAUAUUAAUAAAAUCAUCAGGGUCACACUAACAUCCUAGCAACAGAAUUAUGCGAACCAGUAAAUACAAGAAGGCUAAGUAGACAACAAAUUUGGGAACUUGUUCAAUAACAAGCCUUGAUCAAGGGACAGAAUCCUCACUGGAGAAACAUUUCUCACCAUCCAAUCAAUCGCAGCAACUAAUCUGCUUUAAAGGGCUUUUAAAGCCGACAGUAACAUAAUACAAUAUAGUCAUCACAAACAGCCCUUGAUAGUCCAUCGCUGGACUACAAAUGGGCCUCCUCUAUGAAAGGGUUUGUCAUAAUCUCCACAUAAAUUUUAUUGCUUAUAAAUAUAUAAUAAUAACAAUGUAUAAAUAUUUUUAAUUUUUAAAAUAUAUAAGUUUUAAAAUAUAUAAACAAUUGUACCAAAUCAAAGAAAACUUCAGAUCCAUAUUCAAAGGUAUAUUAAUAAUCUGAGAUUUUUUUUUAAAAGCACUGCAUUUUUACUUGCUAUAUAUAAAUAUAAAAAUAAUAUAUAUACAACUUGAUCUGAGAGAGACUGACGGUAACGAUAAAUAGCCAUUCUUUUUCAAACCAAUAAACAUUUUGGAACAAACACCUGGCUUCAUUAACAAACCAACAUACGGAGAAUCCAACCCAACACAACACAAGUUUGUAACUCAACUCAAUUAAGACUGCACGGUUGGUGCGGUGGCAACGGGUAGCGGGUUCGAUCCCCGCACGGAGCAACUCUUUGUGUGAUCCACAAAUUGUUGUUUCGGGUCUGGGUGUCAUGUGAACUUGUAUGUUUGUAAACGCACCCACAACACAGGAGAAAAUCCUCAACUCAAUUCAACAAGUAGCUCAAGAAGAAAUACCAAAACAAAUUCAAAAGACGAGCUUUUUAAGUAAAGACAUAAAAAUGUACAUCUAAGUAGCUGACCUGGCUAACUUUGUACUGCCUGAAUGAUUUUUUUUCACAAACUUCCCAUGGACUUCCACUAAUAAUACAAGACAAAACAGGGUGAAUAGGAUUCAAAGGGUGAAUAGACACAAGGGACCUCUUCUGUAUCUAUUCACCUCUUGAAUAUAAUUCAUCCCUAUUAUCUGUUA